UUUGCUGUUGCGUGGCCAUGCCUAUACUCAUAGAGUGAUCUUAUUUGACCAGAUCGACAAGACCCUAUCAUGGUGUCCCUAUUCGGACACUCUGUGUAUCACCUCGUUGUCCUCACUGUGUGGUUCUGUCUGCUGGCAGUAUCCCAGGCGGCGUAUGUUAAUGUCGCCCUCAACAAACCAGCGUACCUACAGGACCCAUCGUAUAGUGACGCCAGUAACGCUGUGGACGGACGUAAAUCAGACCUGAGUGAGUGGGGAGGUCAAUGUGCUGUAUCAUAUUGGAAACAAACCGCCACCUGGUGGGUGAACCUGACAACUAUCCAUAGCAUCUACAACAUCACCAUAUACUUCUUGAUGACAUAUGGUCUACAGGUUUUUUAUGGUAGCAUAUCAAAUUACUUCCUUGGAUUCUCGGUGUACGUCUCCAACACAACAGACAGACUACAGGGAACACUGUGUUACAAGGACGAUAACUUUACAGCACUCACCAUACCUUCUGUCUUCACCACCACCUGUCCUGUACAUGGACAGUACGUUAUCUACUACAACGAGAGACUACCAGGAGUUACCUACCCUGACUAUUACUCUGACACUGUUGCCAGUUACCUCUGUGAAGUGGAGGUGUAUGGAUGUCCUGGAGGGUUUUACGGGGCAAACUGUUCUAACGCCUGCCCAGACACCAACUGUUACUGUCACUUAGAAACGGGCACCUGUCAGGGCUGCAAACCUGGGUUCCAAGGAUUCCUGUGUAAAUCAGCGUGUAGUCGAGGAUAUUAUGGUGCUGAGUGUCAACAAGAAUGUGGGCACUGCCGUGACGUAACUCAAUGCGUCCAUACCAACGGGUCAUGCUUAACAGGAUGUGAAGUUGGUUAUGAUGGAGAAACAUGUAAAGCACCUUGCCUAUAUGGAUUCUUUGGACCAGAUUGUGCUGACAGAUGUAACGACACCUGUGAUGGUUGUAACAGAUUCAAUGGUUCUUGUGAUACUGGGUGUAACCCCGGAUGGCAGGGAUAUGAGUGUCAAGAUGCUUGUGAUAAAGGAUCAUUUGGUGAAAACUGCAGUGAAACAUGUGGACACUGUCGUGACGUAGACAAGUGUUCUAAUAUAAAUGGGACAUGUUUGACUGGAUGUGAUGCUGGUCAUCAAGGGUACUUGUGCAAAACAUCUUGUUCAUACGGAUUCUUCGGGCCGGAUUGUGCUGAGAGAUGUAACGACAACUGUGAUGGAUGUAACAGCAUCAAUGGUUCUUGUGAUUCUGGCUGUAACCCUGGAUGGCUGGGAUAUGAGUGUCAAGAUGCUUGUGAUAAUGGAUCAUUUGGUGAUAACUGCAGUGAAACUUGUGGACACUGUCAUGAUGUAAGCCAGUGUUCCAAUAUCAAUGGAACAUGUUUGACUGGGUGUGGUGCUGGUUAUCAGGGGGAAUUUUGUAAAACAAAAUGUGACAGAGGAUCCUUUGGAAUGGACUGCAAUGAAACAUGUGGGUACUGUCAUGAGGCAAACCACUGCUUUCAUACUAAUGGAACAUGCCUAUCCGGAUGUAUUGCUGGCUUUCAAGGGGAUUUGUGUAAAACAACUUGCCAGCGUGGGUUUUUUGGAGUAAACUGCGCUAUGAAAUGUGCUGACACGUGUGAUGAUUGUAAUGAUGUCACUGGUUUGUGUGAUCAAGGAUGUCUUCCAGGUUUCAAGGGAUAUGUUUGCCAAGAAGCCUGCCCGUAUGGAUUGUUUGGACAAGAUUGUACAGGUGAAUGUAACAACACCUGUACGGGCUGCAACAAUGUGAAUGGUGUGUGUGACAGAGGAUGUCAUCCAGGUUGGAAGGGAGACUACUGUGAUAUAGCUUGUGGCAAGGGACUGUAUGGAGCUGACUGUAGCGAAACGUGUGGUCGGUGCCGUAAUGAGAGCCAGUGCGUUCAUACCAACGGGACAUGCUUGACUGGAUGUGAUGCUGGUUAUGAAGGCGAUGUGUGUAAAACACCCUGUCCAUAUGAAUUGUUCGGACAAGAUUGUACUGGUGAAUGUAACGAAAACUGUACGGGCUGCAACAAUGUGAAUGGUGUGUGUGACAGAGGAUGUCAUCCAGGCUGGAUGGGAGACUAUUGUGAUAUUGGUAGGUUAGCUUGCAUGGAGUCUGUCUAUGUUGUUGAUAUGAUGCAACGUUACUCAUAUUACUUAUCCAUAGUACCUUUUUCAGUUAUAAGUGGCUUCAAAUCAUUGAUGCAGGAUAGAUCCCCAACAGAUUUGUUAAUACUCGAAACAGGUUUAAUUAAUUUUAUGUUUUGAACAUGUUUAAAGCAUUACUAAUCAUGAUUUAUGCCUUUGCAGUUUGAUAUAUGGUAGGUAAUAACAACGUUCAAAAUGAUAGAUAUGUUGAUACAUCCCUUAAUAUAUACACCUCAACAUGAACACUGUAAGCAGAUUCACAAAGUCUUUACACAAAAAGAAAUGAAAGUCAUUAUGAAGGUCACAACUUUACUCUGCAUUCAUAUAACUGUAUUAAUGGCGCAUCAGAAAGGUCUUCUUGCUUAAUACAACUGACAAAUACUAAAUCUCACUUCAACAAAGUCGAGGAUCUUUAAAAGUGUAUCAGUUUGAGUCCAUUUAAUGUUGGACGUAUGUCAGAGAGUGUGCUGUUGGUCAGUAUUACACCAGUAACAAACAACAAGUGUCCACAAAACAAAACAAAACAAACAAACAAUAAGAAACAGACAGAGGGACGGCAGCAGAGAGAGAGAGAGAGAGAGAGAGAGAGAGAGAGAGAGAGAGAGAGAGAGAGAGAGAACCCACAUACACAUUGUUGGUUCUAUCGUAAUGGUGUAGAUCCGCCUUUAUAAUAUUAAAUUAUCGAUUCGGAAAUGCACUGUACGCGUUUUUUUUUAAUAUGAUACAUGUAUCCUUGAGGGGUAACUGGUAGGUAUUCAGCAGAUAAAAGAAAAAAAAUUGCUCAAUUGGUAAGUAAUGCAACUUUGAUUAUUGAAACCCUUUUUAAUUGUGCUGAUUAUAACCUAAAAAGGUUUGUUCAUAUUAUAAUAUUUUAAGUGCACAAUUGUGACUAAACACGAACGAUUUUGCUUUAAUUUCAAGAAUUUUCUACAACUUCAUUUUUAUCUGAUUUGUCAUUGGUUACUUUACAUUAUCUUAUACCUAUUUAUUUUUUACCUGUCAUGAUACAUCAAUUUUGAGAUUUUUUGAAUAUAUCUAUAUAAUUUUCUAAGAUAAUAUGUUUAUUUAGAGAUUAUUUUACAUAACAAUAUCAUACAUGUUUUCUUCAACAAAUUAGCGUGGUGUAUAUAUUGACAUUGUUAAUUAUCUAAUCAAAAAACUCAAAAAAUAAAGCAACGUAUAUCAAAGUAAAGAAAUGUAUUACAGCUGCUUUAUGUUCAACAAAUAUCAACAGUUUUCUGUUCAUUUAUAUUUUUUAAUCAUUUUUUCAAAGAGGUAACUCACUGAGGGAAAUCACCAACCUUUGAAGAGAUAAGAACGUACUUGUAACGUGAAUAUCCACCACACCAGCAAAUCCGCUGAGAUUUCGUCAUCUUGAACCACCUUUCGAUAGUUCCGGGUGAAUGUAACCUGCAAAUCAUUUGACGACAGACAACAAGAACCACCUAACUCUUGUGAUAUACAAUGCGUUUUGGAAUACUUCUAACGUUUUCAGGCGAUUUAUGUCCGUUCAACGUACAGACCUAGGGAGUAAUUUGGUCGCAAAUGAAGGAAGAAACUUCUGAAUAAACCAGCCAUUUAUAGUUGGGAGAAGUAAAUCUUAACUGUAUCGAGGUGGAUAUCAAAGAACACCUGAAGAUCCGCUCUCUUAAAACGAUGCUCUUUCUUAUAUCAAAUGCGGAUUUAUGCAAUGGAGUUCUUUCAGCUACAAUCACACUGUCGCCUUCAAAACUGUUCACAAUUUGUGUUACACAACUCUCUGAAUGCAUAUUGUUGCUUGUUUUCCCAUUCCAAACCAAGUAAUUACGUAAGGGGUCAUUUGAAGCACUAUUUUGAAAAGCCAACUGCGUUUACAAACAUGAUUGUAAUAUGUUCAUGUCUAUCUAUAUCAAUGAAUUCAUUUGAUGCUCAUUUGUAAUAAAUUAGCGUUAAACUUAACAUAUAUUUCCUUUUAUUCUACUUUUAGCGAGACAUACGAGACAUGUAGUAGUUAUAGGAUACUAAACAUUAGAAGCUACGUUACAAAGAGCGAUUAUACAGAUUUAAUCGAAAUACAAUCAGCAGAUUGCACUUAAACAUAACAUUGAGUGUCCCACACAACACAAGAUGCUUUUGUGCAUUGACAAAAUCUUAACGACGUAAAUAGUGGUUAACAUUGAUACGAAUUUCCCGGAUAUCAAUUUAUUGUUAUCUUAAGAAUAAUGCCACAAACGCAUUGUCAAUCUUGCUUUCUGUUUUGGUGAAUGUUUUAUUUUUUAUUAGAACCGUUUGUAUAAUAAUGAUAUAUUUUGAAAGCAAAUGAAAAAAAAAUCCACACAAUGUUCAUCCAUCAUUUUCUUUUUUAACUAUGUCAAAGGGUUUGUGAUACGUUUAAUAUAAAAAAAAAAGAAAAAAUAAAUAAAUUACAGAAAAUUUCA